UCGUCUCUCCCCCUUCGCUCCAUCUCCACCCACCUCGCCGCCAUGCUCACCGCCGCCGUGCACAUGGUGGACUCCACCUCCCCCUGGCUCCCUCCCGACCGCCACCACCUCAUGCCCCCGCCGCCGCCCGCCACCGCUGGCGCUCUACACCACCACCGCCGUGUCGCCAAGCGCCGCCCGCGCCCGUCGCGGCGGCAGCCCACCACCUACAUCAGCGCCGACCCGGCCAACUUCCGCCGCAUGGUGCACCAGAUCACCGGCGCGGACGACCUCCCGCCGCCUCCGCCUGCGCUCUCUCCGCCGACGGAGCUCGUCCGCCCGGUGCACGCUCCUCUGAUGCUGCCGACUCUCGACACGUCGGCGUUCCUGCUCGGCGGGGAGGCACCGGUCGUCCCGCGGACGGAGGCCGCGGUCGCGACGCCGCCGUGCGACGGCUCGCUGGCGUUGUUAGGAGGAGCGGCGCCUAAUUACAACAACAGCAAUAGCAGCGGCAACCAAAAUGGGUUCCCGACCUUGGACUCGUGGGAUCUUCUGUAAAUCAUAUCGAUCGAUUUCUGAUUCUUCAUAUAUAGAUGUAAUCAAGAGCAAGACAAGAUCGACGAACAGAGGCAUCUCUCUGAUUCUCUGUUCGUGUGCUUGUUAAUUUAAGCUUACGAUGUCUCAUAUACACAUGGAAGAGGUUUUAGCAUCA